ACGCUAGAUGUACCUGAUUUCCUCGCACCUGUUUAAUCAAGUAUUGGCAGUAAAGAAAAAAUCAUUAACGACAUAAAAGACAAAAAAAGAUUACGUUUUUUUAUUCAUUAUCCGGUUGUAAUAUACAAAUAUAUGAAUUAAUAAGUGACCUUUAGCAGAAAAUUGAUCACUAUCUGGAACUUUUGGACUGAUCAACAACUAUUUCGUUUUGUGCGGUCUUUAAUUUGCUGCUAGCUUUUUAAAAUGCCACAAAAAUUUACACAAGUACAUUAUAUAGAAAACAUCACAUUAAGAAAUGUGUGUGGAAAUUAAAAUGUAAACUAUGAAACAUUUAGUGAUAUUAUAUGGAACUAUGUGAAUAUAUGAAUAUAGUGUUCUCAGUGGAAAACCGAGUGAAGAACAUGAAUCAAGUUUUGAUAUACGAACUUUUGGAUUUAAAUUUAUAAUUUUUUUUUCGUGAUUAACUAACUAAGGAUGUCUAAGGUAAAUAAACAAAAUGUGUCCCAAACUAACAAAAUAAGCAAGCUUCAAGUUGUGUCUAAUAUUAAAUUGCAGACGAUGUCGGGAAGCAGACGCCGGAUGUGGAAGAAACGGGGUGGUUCUACUAGGCUCAGUUUUAUGUCCAAUUCUUCUCUGGAAAAUCAUCAUCUUGCAGAUACAGAAGAAGAAUUCCUGCAUGCAGCGGAGUUUGGUGACAUCCCUACAGUCAAGAGAAUUCUUCAAGAGAAUCCUAACCUGAAUGUGGACUGUAUUGAUGCUCUUGGACGAACUGCUUUAAGACUCUCUGUUAAGAAUGAACAUCUCGAGAUUGUUGAAGUUCUUCUUGAUAGAUCAAGUGGGCACCAUAUAUAUGAAGCCGUCUUGCAGGCUAUUAGCGCCGGACAUAUACAGAUUGCUGAAACCAUCUUGAAGCAUCGUCGGUAUUUAGAAAUGUGGAAAGAACGUAAAAAACUUGGCGACGACGAUUAUUUCUUUAACAAAUCAAUGUUUGAAGAAUCUCAAUUUUCUCCUGAUAUAACACCUCUGAUUUUAGCAGCUCAUAAAAACCAGUAUGAAGUUGUUCAAUUAUUGAUGCUUCGAGGAGAAAUUAUAAACAAACCACAUAAAUUUCAAUGUGCUUGUCAAGAAUGUACCAACAAAAUGAAAUUUGACAAGUUACGAUCAGCAAAAUAUCGUUUGAAUGCAUACAGAGGCUUAGCCAGCGAAGCUUAUAUUUCCCUAUCAAGUAAAGAUCCCAUUUUAACAGCUUUUGAAUUGGGCGCCGAAGUCAAGCAUCUUUCAAGAGUGGAAAAAUAUUUCAAGAGAGAGUAUAAAGACUUAGCCGAAGGUUUAAGCGAAUAUGUUGUUCGUUUACUUAGCAGAGUCCGAACGCAAGAAGAAUUGGAAAUUGUUCUAAAUAAAGCUGGAAAUCCCAGGGACAACAAAUACGAGAGUUUGGCGAGGUUUAAAUUAGCCAUUCGUUACAACGAAAAGAAGUUUGUUGCUCAUUCUAGUUGUCAGCAGAGAAUGGUCAGUACAUGGUAUGAGGGCAUUGGAGUGUUGGAACGUGCAAGUUGGCCGAAGCGCGUUUUGUUGUUUAUGUUGUUUUUCAUCUCAUAUCCGUUCCUAGUGCUUAUUUAUCUAUUUGCACCACGUGCAAAGUGUAUACGUAUUUUGAGAUACCCAUGUGUAAAGUUUAUUUGCCAUAUGAUGUCAUUUUUGUCUUUCCUUGUACUCAUUAUUGUGUCAACAGCUGAAACAUCAAAGACGGUUUCUAAACACACAACACUUAAUUCUAAGUAUCCGGACAUUUAUGCCAAGUACGUUCAGAUAUUUGGUUUAACUAACCAAACACUAUAUGGAAUUGAUUUUCCUAUGCGACCACUCAUUCCGACUAUUACACAGCUUAUGCUUUCAACAUGGGUUUUAGGUAUGGCAUGCCAGGAAUGUAGCCAGUUAUUUACAGAAGGACUACGCCGUUACGCAAAGUCUUGGUACAACUUAAUGGAUGUAUCAUUAUUGACACUGUAUUGCUCAUCUUUCACACUGCGGUAUUUUUGCAUGAUCAAGGCCUUUUUAUCUGUUCAAUCUAUUCGUGGAGAAUCAGUAGACGAUCUUUCAAAUGACUUGCUCUAUAACGAAAAGUGGCCUUUUUACUGGCUAAAUGCAGACCGAUUUUACUGGGAUUCUUGGGAUCCUAUAAAUAUGUCAGAAGGUCUGUUUGCUGUUGCGAACAUUCUGAGCUUUUCUCGCAUAUCAUACCUCCUUCCAGCCAAUGAGGCGUUGGGACCACUGCAGAUCUCACUUGGAAGAAUGAUCAAGGACAUCCUGAAGUUUUUAGCCUUUAUUGUUUUGGUCUUUUCUGCCUUCAUGGUCGGCCUUAACAACCUGUUCUGGUACUACAGCAUGAGGGAAAGCAUUGAAGUCACCAAACACAAUUUUACAACAAGAGCAGAAGUACAAUUUGCAGAUGUUUUAGCCACAUUCAGAACAGUAUUCUGGUCACUAUUUGGUCGCGGAGACACUGAUGUUGUCAAGUUGGGAGAAUAUGAAAAUAAAUUUACAGAAGACAUUGGAUACAUCAUUUACGGUGCAUACAACAUCGCCAUGGUGAUAGUGCUAUUAAAUAUGCUAAUUGCCAUGAUGACCAGAUCCUAUCAAGAUAUUACUGAAGACGCCGAUGUGGAGUGGAAAUUCGCAAGAAGUGUUCUUUACAUGGACUAUAUAGGAGAAGGAAGUGUUCUGCCUGUUCCAUUGAAUAUGUUAGGACUUCCGAAAGCUAUUGUUCGCAAAUUUACUCGAUGUUGCUCAAAAUGUUGCGAAAGUAAUGACAACGAAACACCUGAAGACGGCAAUCCAGACGUCGCUCCAGAACCAAUGGAAAGGAACGGUCGUCAGAAUGGAUUGAAUGGUGCACGUUCACGAGCAAGAUCACGUGACAAUCUCAAUCUUCAACUCAGUGAUGGACAUCUGAAGCCAGCAGACAUUGACCGGAGACGGAGUACAGAGAGUUUACCUUUUGGUAAAAAAAGCUAUCACAAAGUUAUGCAAACGAUAGUACAGAGAUAUAUCUUUGAUAUGCAGAGAGAGGCAGAAGUUACAGAAGAUGACUUUGAAGAAAUUAAACAAGAUAUUUCCAGUUUCCGAUACGAGAUGUUAAACACCUUAACAGUUCGAGAAAAACAGCAUGAUGAAGUCAUGUUAAAACUAAGCCAAAUAUUAGGGGUCCCAAUAAGUCCGUUGGAGAAACUAAAAAGUAGAUCUGGAACGCCUAUUAAACAAAUGUCCAUAGACGAAGAGUAUGUCUCGGGACCAUAUGAUAACAAUGUUGAAAAAUCAUAUGAAAACAGUCAAAUCGUAUGUGAAGCAGAUAUAAAUGUAGAGACUUCUAAUGUAGAACUAGGUUAUGAUCGGAAUGAGCAAGAAAAUGAUGUAGAGCAAGGAGGGUCAGGUUGUGAAAGGAUUGAGGAACAAAAUGAUAAAGAAGAAACAAAAGAAUUAGGAAUAUAAAACAGUGCAAACAGUUAAACUUGACGUUUAUAAAUUGUUUUAAUGCGGACUUGAAUCAACUUUUUUUUGUAUCGUUCGUCUGUUGUUCGGUGACAAUUCGGUGCAGACUUAGACUUGAUUUUAUUUUUAUUAUUUUCUUUAUACAAGUGCGCUAUUAAAAAUGUACCGUAUUAAUUUCAGUACAAUAACACUAAGUACGUAAAAAGAGCAGUUACUUUUUGGAUAUAUCUUUAUACCUCACUUAGUCAGAUAUUUAUCGAAAAGUUGAAAAGAAGUCUAAAAAAGUUUUCAUGAUAUUGAACUUAUUUUGGUGGGAGCACUUUUCUGGAUUAGUUAAGAAUGUACCAUGCCACUUGAUUGAAAAUCCAAAAAUGUUUGAAGACCAAGCAAAUUGCGAAGUUAUAGAGAUUAAAACCAAAAAUUCCUAAAAGUUGUGCCAUAUUAGGCUUACCUCCAUCAGCUCUUCGAACUUUUCCGAAGUCGUUUAGAUGCCAAGCUUAUGAUCUUCGAUCCUUGAUCGGAAGUUAAUGCUAUCUUUUUGUCGGAGGAUAAAAAAAAUUCAUGUUUGAAAUUUUUUUUUAAAUAUUAGUUAUAGCAAAUGAGUACUAUAUAGGUCGACUGUGCUGGCCUGCAAAAGUUGGUUUAAAGAAAUACUCAAAAGUCUGAUGAUCAACUUUGAAUGAAAAUGGGGAAAACUAGUUUUUUUGAAAAGAUUUCUAAAUAAGAUUAUGUUGAGAUACAAUAUAUUAUCAAAUAUAUACGUAUUUCACAGAGAUUAAAACAAACAAAUGAAACGUAGACAUGUUUUUCAAAAUAACCACGAAAGUGCCACGUAACAAUGUGAAUCUAACGCUCCUCCAUUGUGUAGUGCUACAGUGUUCGGAUUAAAAAGUCGCAUCUCUUAGUUUGGGUUUGUAUCCAUCUAUUUAGUUUUGACAUGUUGCCUAUUUGUAAAAAAAAUAGGCAACAAGUCAAAAAGACAAUGUUGUCCACGUGUGCAAAGGCUGUCAAAAUAUUUUUAUAACGUGUUUGUAAAACGUGCACUGUUUUGCUUUACCGUUUAACUGUUCCAUUUUAUUCAUAUGUAGUUCAUGACUCGAUAUAAAUGUUUUUUUUAUAAUCUUUUUGUAUCUGAACAGAAUAAUGGAGUGCCGUUGUUACAUAACUAUUUAAUCUUUUUUUAAGUCAUUUCAUUUCUUUUUAUAAAUGUUAUUUAUUGUCAAUCAAGAAAUAUGUGAUAAAUGUGGUUAAAUGUAUCCUUAAAGUAAAUGCUUUAUUUGUGAGUUUAAUACUUUUCAUCUUCUGAACCUGUAAUCCUUUUUGAAUAUUUAUGAAAUUGUUUCAUCUGGACAAUAAGCAUUAUCUUACCAUGCCAUGUUUUAACCGAGUAAGCUUAUACCAAAAAACGACAUAAAUGAUAGUAUGAUAGCAACCUAACGACUCACCUUGACUUUCUUCAAUUAAGAUAAUGUGUUUGCUCCCAGAGUAUCUUAUACAAAUAAUAGUUAAUGAUAUGUAUUCGUGUGUAUGGUACAUUGUGAGAAUAUAACUGUGAUUAUUACUGUGAUAUAUAUAUAAAAGAUGUGUACUUUGUCCUUAUUUUGUUGUUUAUGAUUUACUUAUGUUUUGAAAUUUUGAUGUUUACAAGUCAGUAUAUAGCUGAGGAUUAUUUUAUAUAACUCAACAACCUAUAUAUUGAAAUUGAAUACACGGUUUCAAGGGAAAAAAUAAUCACUGGUUUGUUUCAAUGCUUACAAAGUAUCGUUUUCUCAUUUAACCAAUCGAUUUAAGACAAAAAAAUAUGAAUUUCAACGUUUUCGUUUAAGCUAAAAUUUCAAAACCAAGAAAGCAUCUAAAUGUAUGCAUGGUUUGAGUAAAGUGUGUCAUUCCUUCGUUGAUAUUCAAAUACCAAAUUCUCAUUUUCGAGAUUGGGUGCCUAUUCUUUUUGUCAACCUUUACACAAAAUCAAUUUUGAGAUCUGUUCAAUAACGCUUUAUUUCUUAUAUUCUGAGUUCACUUUGUCAAUUUUUCGGAAUAUAAUGUCUUGCCAAAUGUUAGUUUUCCUGUUUAUUAUAUUGUAUGAUAAAUUCGAUUUUAAACUCUUGGUAUAACUUUACUUUUGUUGACUUGUAUAUUCGAUACUGUGGGAUAGAUGAAAACAUGUGAUUUUGUCCUCCGUCUUGUAUUUCUUAACAGCUACAGAUCAUAAUUUCUUUUUUAUUAUAUUCUAGCUUUGUUAAGAUAAGAUCUAUAUAUAGUAUCCCUUUUUUAUGUCGUGCGUAUACAUAUUUUGACUAUUUUAUUGAUUGUGACUGUUUAUUUAACGCAUCAUGUAAAUGUAACGGAAUUUGAUGAGACUGUUAUUAAAGUGAGAGGGUUAGCGCUAUAGAACCAGGUUUAAUCCACCAUUUUCUACAUUUGAAAAUGCCUGUACCAAGUCAGGAAUAUGACAGUUCUUGUCCAUUCGUUUUUGAUGCGUUUUGUUUUUUGAUUUUGCCAUGUGAUUAUGGACUUUCCAAAUUGAUUUUCCUCUGAGUUCAGUAUUUUUGUGAUUUUAUUUAUACUUCUCGCAUGACAAAGAUAUGAAUUUACUUUAAAAUGAAUCGAACUGAUAGAUAUUUUGUCGCAUUAUUCUUUUAUACUGUUUUAGAGUCGGAAAUGUCGGUCAACAUUCUGACAUAGAUUUCUGUGAAUUGAUACACAGUCACGAGUGUAAGAAGAGUUUUUAAUAUCCUCCUCAAGUUUUAGGUCAAUAAAAUAAUUCGGAUGAUUAGUUGAACUAAAAAUGACAGGACAAAACCGAUAUGCAGUUAUAUCGUUUUAGAUAGUUUGUAGACUUUGGGUUUUAGGAACAAAUUACACUAACUCCGGUACAGGCACAUGUAUAUACAACUAUACUACCGUAUACAAUAUAACCACUUAUACAAAUAUGCAGGUUGUUAACCUUUUUGUCAAAAUCAAAUAUGAAUUUCUAGGAGGCUGUCAAAAAAAAAUAUUGUUUUUAAACAUUGUAUGCGGUUUAAUUUUUGAUUUUUUUCGAUUUUUUUUCUUCAAAUAUACCUGGGUGUGGGGUGGAGGAAUUGUUCGAGAGACCAUCAAGUUGAAAACGACAAACAGAAAAAAACAAAACUUUACAUUAAAAACUAUAGAUUGAACAACACUAACCCCAUCAAAACCCGAGGAUUAAAUAAGGUCACCCGGAGGGGUCAGCAUCCGUCGUGUUUUCAAUCAACUUAGUAACGAACUGAUACGAAUGGUUUGUAUAAAAACGCAUCAUGGUAUGUCAUGAUGUUCGUACUUUUAUGAAAAUAGAUAAAACAAACGAUACACAAGGAGUCGUAAAGCCAUCUGAACUCUGACCUGUCAGACGUACUUGGAGAAAAAGUUAUAUUUUGAAGAAAGAAUUAUCAUAAUAUAUUUUUUUGGUAAUCUUUCUAUUAUAACGUAUUGAUUAUGAGAUAUAUUGUUGUGUUUUAUAAUACUUAUAUUUGUAUGAUCGCAAAGAUAUUAAUUAUAUGAUAUGAAUCCUUUUUUAUUAUUUUGCACAGAUAAUUUACAUGUGUUCAUUUGAUGUACUCCGCUCAUAACACCUUAAUUUGUAAAAUAUGUGCCUUUGUCAAACAAAUUAGUGCAUUGCACGUUAUGGAGUAAAAAUUAUUUCAUCUGGAGUUUUAUGGAAAAAAAUUACGACUAAGAUUGAUCGUAAGUCAUGAACAAUUCAGUCAUAUUUACGAGUAAUCUUAGUCGUAAGUAUUUAUGUGAAGCAUACUCUUGACUGUAUUGCUAAAAAUGCCAUUGAUAGUUCAAAUUACUAUGAAGUCUUGAUAGAUUGUUCUAACAUUGACGUUUUCAAUAAUCAUGACUCUUGAAUGGCAAUUUUAAUUUCUUUGCAACAAAAAUCAAAAUAGCUUUUGAAGACGUCGGGCGUCAGAGCAAAAAGAAUAAUAAAUCGCCUAUAAUUUAAAAAAAAAAAAAAGCCUAUAUAAAGAUGUCAUGAUUAUUUGGGAUACUGGAGCAUAUGCUUAAUUAAAUAUGUGUGAAUCUGAUACAUCGCCAUAUGAUGCUCUGCAGGACAGAGAUAAUGAUGUGUUGUAAGUGUUGGGGUAUAAUGUUACUUGUUAUGUUUGUAUUAAAAUUUUAUA